UGGGGCUGUCCCACCAGUCUCCUGGGGCUGCGGGCUGCAGAGCUGGCUCUCGCUGUUCACUGCACGGUCUCAAGAGGAGACAGCCGCCACCGUGCUGGGCCUCUCUGCCACUUCCCCGAGGAAGGAGCCUUGGGGUCCCGCAUUUCUCCUGCAGACAACAGGUCUUUUGCUGAGGAAUGUAGUCUGUCUAUUGGCUGAAGCCAGGAAGGGCUGCAGUAUUAGGAUUGAAUCCAGGGGCACUCUGACAUUGAGAUAUAUCUUUGGCCCAUUUUAUUUUUUAUUUCAAGACAGGUUCCUAGUUUGCUGUGAUGUCAGUUGGGGAUUCUUCCUGGAAAACCCUGGAAAUGGAGAGCUUGCAAACAAGGUUCAGUGCCUGGACACCUUUUAGCAACAAGUCACUAAAUAGACAGCUCUUUCAGGAAAGAGUUGCUUUGAUAAGUCAUUGGUUUGACCUCUGGACCAACAAACAACGUCAAGAAUUCUUAUUCACAAUUCUUUUACGAUGCACUAAAUCACAAUUAAGGUGUGUCCAAGACUGGUUUUCAGAAAGGACGCAAGUGGCCAGGGUGGACUUCUCGACUGUGUUACCACGCUUCAUUUCUCUAUAUGUCUUCUCUUUUCUGAACCCAAAAGACCUGUGUGCAGCAGCCCAAGUCAGCUGGCCCUGGAAGUUUUUAACUGAACAGGAUUGCUUAUGGAUGCCCAAAUGUAUUAAGUUUGGAUGGUUUCUGCCCUAUACACCAACAGACAACGAGUAUGGGGCUUGGAAGCGCCAUUACAUUGCUUGUGUGUCCAACCUAGAUUGGCUAACUCCCAGGGAGGCCGCUGCUAUUUAUGGGACACUGAAUGAACCCAAAGCAGAGGAUGAGGAGCUUCAGGAGAGACAGAGAGAAAAAUGCCUAAGGAAAAUAAUUUGGGAGAAAAUUGCUCUACACAAGAAGGAGUUAUUCAAAGUUCGACCCCCUUGGGUGACUGGAACAUGCUGCUCCAGAUUGUUAAAAUCCAAAUACCAACCACAUCUCUCCCAGACGGUGAGGGAUCGAGUGGGAUUACAUGAAGCUUUUGAGAAACAGCUUGUUUUGGCAUCAAUAGAAGCUUUGCCCAAACAAAGCAAUGUUUCUGGAAGUCAUCCAUACCCUUUAUUAUCAAAAAAGAAAAUCUGGCAUGGAGUUUCUCAAAAUGAUGACAGCUCUUCCUAUGCUUCCCAGCUACAUGUCAUCAUAAUAUCAUCUCGGAUUCCUGCGUAUGAGAUGGUGGUGGACAGCGUGAAGGCAGGUGUGAUUUCUGUGGUCUGUGAACACGGCGGCAUGACCUUGGAGAGCCUUCUCUACCUCAUGCGGAAAGCCCUGCAGGGGCGGAAGGCACAGAGCAUAGGAAUCCUGAGUGAUGGAGAUAGCAGAGAAAUCAAUUUACUUCAAGGCUAUAAAAUUGGUAUUAAAAAUUUACUGAGGCCUGAAGUGAGAGACUUCUGGGAGAAAUUAGGCAGCUUUGUAGCCACCAAAGAAGAAGGGGGUCAUGUGGACUUAUUUGUGCCUCUUGGAGCAUCAGAGGCAGGCAUAGAAGUGCUCUCUCAGCUGUCUCAACUAACUGGCACAUUCUUUACUGCCCCCACUGGGAUUGCAACUGGCUCUUACCAACACAUUCUUAGUGACUGGCUGGGACCUCAGCAGGGUGGGCCUCCUCCUUCCAUCUACUUCAAUGAAGCCAAGCUACAGAUGUGGUCCAACCUCACAGACUUCCUGGAAGAUGCCUUGAAAUCAGUGAGGAGAGAGUUAAGACCUCUCUUCAAGGAGCUGCAGAAGGGCAUCAGUGGCAGGAUGAUAGGGCAAUUUAUGUUUGACUCCAUGAGUAUGGCAAGCAUUCUGAAUAACCAAGACAUUGCACAAGCUCUGGCAGAUGGUCUGAUGGAGCUGUCAAAAGAAAAUUCUGAAAGGCCUCUGGAAUUUUUGGCAUGUUUUCUGCUGAAGAAAUGUAGUAAAAAGAGCAAAGAUGAAGGAAAUGUUAUUCUGACAAAAUGUGACCUAAAAGAAACACUUGAUUUGUUCACAAAGGAAAGAAACAUUAUAGAAGACAACUCUCAGGACACAGAAUCAAGUCUCAACAAAAGUGAUCUAGAUUUUGAGGUGCUGCUUAAGCUGGAGAGAAAGCUGCAGAGAAACUCAGCAGAUAAGCGAACUAGUGCUGCCAGGGAACUCUUACAGAGUGAGAGAAAGUAUGUGCAGAUGCUGGAAAUUGUGCGGGAUGUUUAUGUGAGACCACUGAGAGCAGCACUGGCAUCAAACAGAGCGAUUCUGAGUGCUGCAAACAUACAGAUAAUUUUCUCUGAUAUUCUGCAGAUUUUAAGUCUCAACAGGCAAUUUCUAGAUAACCUAAGAGACAGACUACAGGAAUGGAGCUCAGCCCACUGUGUGGGGGAAAUAUUCAUAAAGUUUGGAGGCCAGUUGAACACAUACACCAAUUUCUUCAAUAAUUACCCUGUUGUUCUGAAAACCAUCGAGAAGUGCAGAGAAAUGACACCAGCAUUCCGAGCUUUCCUGAAGAGGCAUGAUAAGACCACUGUUACUAAAAUGCUGAGCCUGCCGGAGCUGCUUUUGUUCCCAUCUCGGAGAUUUGACGAAUAUGUGAAUCUUCUCUAUGCUCUGAGGCUUCAUACUGCUGCCGAACACGUUGACCGUGGGGACCUGACCACUGCAAUUGGCCAAAUCAAAAAAUACAAAGGUUAUAUAGAUCAGAUGAAAGAAAACAUCAGAAUGAAGGAGCAGCUGUCAGACAUACAGAGAAUCAUCUGGGGGUGCCCUACUCUAUUUGAAAUAAACAGAUACCUGAUUAGGGUCCAAGAUGUAGUCCAACUCCAUUGCUGUGAUGAGGAGAUAAGUUUCUCUUUAAGGCUCUAUGAACAAAUUCGUGAUCUCAGCUUCUUCCUCUUCAAUGAUGCACUGCUUGUUUCUAGCCGGGGCAUAUCACACACUCCAUUUGAAAGGACUUCAAAAACAACCUACCAGUUCAUUGCAUCAGUGGCCCUUCACAGGUUACUGAUAGAAGAUAUUCCAGAUUCCAAGUAUGUCAAGAAUGCAUUUAUUCUUCAAGGUCCAAAAUGUGAAUGGAUUUGUGCUACUGAAGUAGAGGAUGACAAAUUCCUAUGGUUGUCAGUACUCCAAAAUGCGAUCAAAAGCAGUAUGGACAAGUGAGACUGGACUUGAAGAAAACAUCAGGGGUAUCAAUUCUCCCUGGCAAAGACAGAAAAUGUUGUUCUUCUGUUCUAGGGUAUCCAGUAAGAAGCAGAAUGAUUAUCUGUUGUGGAUGAUGAGAAGAUGAACUAGGAUGACCCAUAAGAUUCCUUCCAACUUUUGAACUUCAUUAUCUAAAAGUUUUGUGGGGCUGGGGAUAGCUCUAUUGGUAGAGUGCUUGCCUCUCAUGCACAAGGUUCUGGAUUCAAUCCCCAGUACCACUACCCCCACAGAAAAAAAAAAAAAUAGGCUUUUAUAACACAGUCAUGUGUAACAUAAGAACAAUCAGUUUAAAAUUUUGAACCAUUUCUUUUGGUAGUUAUUUUUCCUGGACAUUAUUUAAAAUAAUUUGACUGAUGUAAUGAGUCCUAAGAGAGCAAGCAUUUUGUGCAAAGUUUUUUUUAAUCAUCUAAAGAAAAAACACUAGAAUGAAAAGUUUAAAUGACCAUUCUAGAAAGCUUAAUUUGUUGAUUUGCAAUCUUUAAAAUUUUCAUAGAACAAUUACUGAUUAAAAAAUACAUAAGAAAUAUAAGUGACAACUUUCUAAAACACUUGUUAAUUACAUCCUUAAUAUGAAUGUAAUCCUCUAGCAAACAAAAAGUACCAUUACAAAGCACUAGAUUUUUUUGUAUUUAGUUUUUUUUUUUUGCUGCAAAACUUAGAAUAUCCAAAUAAGGAGGUUUAAAAAUACUGUUGAUAUUGUCAAAUUAGAAGGCCACUGAAAAAUAAGCCAUUUUUAAGAAACAAAAAUAAAUGGAAACCUAGUGAAACUGCCUGUAAUGGGACUUAGCUUAAUAAAAUCAAAUAAAUUAAGACAGCUCUGUUUAAAACAAAUAAACAGCAAAAUAGAAGUUUCCUGGGCCUUUAAAGCCUUUAUUAGCAUGUUUAGCUAAUAAAGGUUAUAACUUGGGGCCACCUGGAAGCUUUAGCUGAUGUGUGCAGUAGUAAUAUUUAUAUCUACUUAAUGAUAAAUGAAAGUUAUAUAAUCUUGGAAGCUUUAGGUUGCCAAAUUCCUUUUUGCUUGAUAAAGUAAUAAAAUUUACUAGUACAGUUUAGGAUUUUUAUCCUGGGUUAAACAGUGAAACUAAUUCCUUCUAAUUCUUAAAAAUUUAAAUUCUUAUGAAAAAUAUACAAAAGUUAAAAUACGUAUGUACUGUUCUUUUUAGUGUGAAAUCACACUUCUGAUUCUAUCAUGAUAUAGCCCUGUAGUUUAACAUCUAUGAUCCAACAGACAGAAUAACUUUAAAGACAAUAUCUGUUGUUAGCAAGAAUGCAAAUUUACACAUGUGAUCCCAAUAUAUGAUAUAAAACAAAUUGUAAGAUAGUAUAUUAUCCCAAAUAGGGUAUACUUCAGAAACUUGUAAUAGGAAAACCUAUCUAUAUGGCAAAAAGAACAAGUGACAAGAUAGUGAAAGGUAAACAGAAAUCUUAAGGAAUUUCCAUUUCUUCUAUAACUGAUAUCCUUGGAAAUUUAGAAGCACAUUAAUUUAAAAUAAUCUCAGUAAUAACUUCUAAAAAAGUUGACAGCAUCAAUCAUGUAAAAUUGACAUGGCGAUGUUUCUGAAUGGGCAGUAUUUAUGGAGUGGUUUCACAGUUUUUCCUUUAUCUUGAAGGGACAAUUUAAAAGGCCCAUCUUCAUAGACAGCUCAUAAGUUUCUAUGAUUGCUGCUGAAAGAUUCUAAGUCUCUGAUGAAACUGGUCAAAAUAUGACAAGGAAAACUAGUACCUGACCCCCAAACUGAUAUGUAAACGAUGCUUAAAGAAUCAUCUGGGUAUUUAAGAAAGUAGAAUAUUGCAGAUAGGAGGACUCCACUCAGUAAAUUAGCUUCUGGUAAAAACUAUCUUAUCCAACAUAGUUCUUUGAAGUCAAAAUUACAUAGAAAACUAAUUUUAAAGCUUUUUUUUUUUUUUUUACAGAAUAUAGAUGUUUUAUAUAACAUAUUAAGCCUAAAAGGAUAAAUCAAGUUUAUUUUUGUUUUCCUUAUUUCCUUAUUGCAAAGAUUUCUGAGUGUAUGCUUGAGCCCAUACUGUUAAUCAAAUCUGUAUGUGGUUUUGCCAUAUAAAUAUGAUGGACCAAUAUUAUAUUUUCCUGAUGCUACAAAAGAGCAGAGGUGGGAUAUGCCAACAAACACAAUGUAUCCUCCAGAAAAAGUCAUCCUGACC